CCAUAACAGAACACGGUCAGAUUUGGUAUUUGGGGUUUCCCUUUCGGCCAAUUUCAGUUCCCUCUGACUCAGAGCAGUGAAAAGGAUCAAAUCUGAGAGACUUCAGGCAGUACUGUGAAACCACCUGCAACCUCUUCUAACAAAAGGUGUUGUACUUGAGAGAAAAAUGACAGACCCUGAGACCCAAACCCAACCUCUUCUGGGACAAACAGCCGUCAAUUUGGGAGCACCAGAGCAGGGCCCCCGCUCCACCCGGGCCUAUAAGGUGGCAGGACUGACCCUGGUGGCCUGCGUGCUGAUUCUGAGUCAGGCAGCAAUCGCCUACUUUCUCCUCAGCCAGAGGAGCGACAUCAGGAAUCUGGAGGAGCAGAACAACAAAAUGAACACUCAGCUGACCAGUGGGAGAUCUGCUUCUAUUCCCAUGAGGGCACACAUGUCCAUGAAUCCUGCGUACGAGAUGAUGGAUACCCCCAUGGAGGAGGUGGCAUCAAUGGGAACUGAAAAAACUUCUACCCCCCUCACCAAAUGCCAAAAGGAACAAGCUGGUCUGGAAAAAGUGGCGUUGCCCGGGUUCCAUCCCAAAUGUAACGGGCUGGGUCUCUAUUUGCCCCAGCAGUGCUUCAAUGGGGGAUGCUGGUGUGUGGACCCAGCUGAUGGGGAAGUGCUCCCUGGGGUCAUCGACUGCAACAGAUCUGCCUCCUCUGGUGACCUGAUGAUGCUCACCAAGGAUGUGGCAAUGGUGGAUGCCUGAAUCUCUUCCGCAUGAAGAAGCUAGGAACAUCACUUCAGUUCCUAAAUAUCUUACAGCUUUGCCAACUUAUAUUCAGCAAUUUAAAGUAGCGGUUAGUUAGGUGGCGUUCAGCGUUGAUUAUCUAAUCAUUAGUUGGCUUUCUUUCAUUUACUACUUUCCUUGCAACAUUUGUGCCAACAACACAGAGAUGAUUUUAAUGUGUAAGCAGAUAUAUUUGUUAUGUGCAUCUCAUGUUUACCGUAAGUUUUAAUUCUGAUUUUUAAUAAAACAUUUUAUUUGGACGUUGGAUGUCACAAGAAAAAAAAUGUGUAAUCUGUAUUUUAAGAAAAAGACUGACAAAAACAAUAAACUCAUGAUUUUCAAUUUAUUUGAACAACCGAAAUAAACAUGUUACACUUUU